GACUCUCUGUUGCACCAGACAGGGUUGAAAAAUCAACUAAACUCAGAAUGGUUCGACUGGUGCAUUUGGGGUUUUUCUAUGCCAUCUUGGCCUUCCUUCUGGUGUCUUCUAUCGAAGGCUUGUUGCUGAAGGAGCAACGCAGAAAUGUAGAGGCGAACCAAGGGCUCAGCAAAGGUAUCUUAGAAAUGCUACACAUCAAGAAAGUGUCGGCGAGUCAUCAAGCCAAACCGCAUCCUUACAUGAGGAGGAUCUAUCAGCACCUGGAGUCCCUGGAAACUCAAGACUUUGGAAGAUCUGAUGGAAUCCUGGUGCAGAGCUUUCGAAGUGUUGAUGGGCCACAUCGUGCCUCCCAAGGAUGGAUCUGGUUCAACAUCAGCGGCCUGAAUCCGUCCAUGCUGGCUGCAGAGUUGGUUCUGUACAGGAAGACCCUCCAUUCACGCCCUCUGAGCGUGACUGUGACCCUGCACAGCAUCAUCGCGUCACAAGACAAUCUGAUCGAAACCCCUGCCCUCCAGGAGAGGCAGCUGAGACUGGACCAGCGACCCCCCUCCGGGUACGACGUGUUCGACGCGUCGGCUGUUUUGGCUCUGAAGCCUGUGGAGGUGGUGGGCUUCCAGCUGAGGUACACCGAUGAAAGCGGGAGUUUGGUCCUCCAUGAGGCGCUAACACAGAAUCUGUACAGUCUGAACAGAGGAUCCCUGCAGGAACCCUUACUGGUGCUUUACGAAGCACGCCCCGUCCAGUUCUAACCCCGCCACCUUGACCAAUGAAAGGAGAGCCAAAGCCUCCAAUUCCAAAAAAAGCUCCAGUUUCUUCUCUCUGGCAACUGACCCUGCAUUUGUAAUCAGGAUAUUUCUCUUCUAGUGAGCCACUGGACUGACUCUGAAACCAUGCAGGUGUUUUCCUGCAUUUGAUAGUUUCUGAUGGAGAUAGAUUCAUCUGUCUGGAAGCAGAGAAACGAGGAACGCUUCAUCAAUCAGAUUGAUCCGACUAAUUGGCGACUCAGUGAUUCAAACAGUCAGCUAUCGAUAAGGAGAAUCUUCGAAGUGAAGUCACAUUAGAAAUGUUAUAAGCAGU